AUGAGUUCUACGGCUUCUACUGUUCGGCCGCCGAACCCUGAGGAAGAAAAUACAGAGGCCAUCACCACAAGAUCUUCUUCCCAAGGUCCCUCCGGACUCGAAACGGCAGAAAUAGAGGGCCAAUUCUUCGAUCCGACAUCAAAUUUGACCUUUAUCCAUCGAGCUUGGAAGAGGCUGGCUCAGCAGAACCAGCAAACAGAUUCCGGUCUGUUGACAGGUUCUGAAAACUCUCAGCCCCUCAUGUCAGCUGGCGAUGUACCCUUCACCACCAAGGGAGACCAAAGCCUGCUGUUCGUGAGUCAACCGGCGGCUCUAGAGCUAUUCAAUUAUUAUUUCGAGAACUGUGUUGUGACUUAUCGAGUCUUGCAUCAACAAUAUUGUCAGUUGUGGUUCGAUGCUGUCAUCAACAAUUGGCACAAUGGACAACCUUUGGAGACCGACAUUGGGCACGCAAAAGCUGCUAUUGUCGUCAGUAUUCUAGCCAUUGCCAGUUUCCGCCAACACAGAAUCACAGAACAACGAUCAAUCCCAGGGAUGUCUCUACUCGCUCAACAGAGUGAACAGUACUUCCUUGCUGCAUCUGAUCUAACAGCACAAGAGACUGGGUUACCACGACUGGAAUCUGCACAGGCUCGUGUACUGCAAGUUUUGUAUUUACUACAGACUUCCCGAAUGAACCAAGCUUGGUAUGUAUUCGGAAAUACUGUGCCUAUCGUUACAGCGCUGGGUCUCCAUCGAAAGUCCAACCACUAUAGGAAUGGAGGUCGACAGCCAACAGAUUAUAUAAUCUCCGAGUGCCGCAAGCGGACCUUUUGGGUCCUUUAUACACUUGACAAAUACCUAGCAGUUGUGUUUGGUCGACCCCGAUUCUAUCACGACAACGAUACCGAUCAAGACUUUCCGGACAGGGUCAACGACGAAGAUAUGACACCACAAGGACCAUCGCUUGCCGAGCCUGCGAUGGACUGUCAUGUUGAUGCAGUAAUAUUCCAUGCGAGGAUAGCGAUAAUUAUCGAGAAUGUAUCUCGCCAAGUCUAUUCCCUCAAGAAGAUGCGAUCAGAGGAACGUCUCGCAGCCGCCCAAGACUUCAUACAACAACUCAACGAAUGGAGACAGGCUCUACCGCCUCAUUUUGGCACCGUACGCCCUUCUAGUCUCAUACCAAUAUUCUCUCGACAAUCCACAGCCUUGAAACUGGCCUACUGCCAUGCCGUGAUGCAUACCACCCGACCGUUCCUUCUCGAUCAUUCAGAAAACUGCAGUCCUGCCCUGCAGGAGUGCGUGACACAAUGCAUAAGCGCAGCAAAGCUUGCACUCGAGAUCGUUGAUUCUAUGUUCUCUGAGCAAUCGGUCUUGUUCCAUGCUUUGUGGUGGAUGCCAUACGUCACAUUCUGCGCUCUAGCAGUGGUGUAUGUUUGGGACAUACAGCAAAGGAACAAUGAGACAGCAGACUCUGACAACACCUUGCUUUUUGGUCUGGCAGAGAAAUGUCAAAAUCAUUUGGCAAGGACAAUUUCUGCUGAGUCUGCCAGCCGGAGAUACAGCAUUAUCAUCGAAGAGCUGCGUCAAGAGGCGAGACAAGGUCCGCAACAUGCCAGCAGGACAAUUCAGAUGUUGAAUUGUAACGAGGAAUCACUCCUCUCCGGCGAGCAUGAGUCUGGGACAUCCAUAGACGAGUUGGGUUCCAUGUUUGAAGAUCAGGAAUCAUCCAGCUCUGGUCUCAUGUCGAUCAUGAAUCCACUAAGUCAAUGGCAACCGACUGACUGGUUGGACCUCGACUCCUCGGCCUUUACCUUCUGCUCCCAACUUGAUGAUCUGAUGAUUUUUUAA